CGUGUACACGCCCUUUUAUAAUGCAGCAUGGGGCAGAGAACGUAACAAAAUGAAGGCUUCGUAGCAGAAUAUAGUCUUAACAUCAGAGCAGAUCAAACGAUUCGCGGUCAUUCACGGAUGGUGACACAUAAUGCCGAUAGUGGACAAGCUCAAAGAGGCCCUGAAGCCGGGCCGCAAGGACUCCAGCGAUGAGGGUGACCUGAACAAGUUGCUGGCUUCAUCCGCCAAGAAAGUGCUUCUGCAGAAGAUCGAGUUUGAACCUGCCAGCAAAGGCUUCAGCUACCAGCUGGAGACCCUCAAGACAAAAUAUGUGAUCCUGAAUCCCAAAAAUGACGGAGCUGCGGCGCAGAGACCGACUGAACCUGCUCAGAUUAAGAGACAAAUCUCAGAGAGCUUGAGCGUCGGGCAGAGCGAUGGGAUCCCUGCUCCGCAGAAGAUGCUCUUUCUUGGAAACAAGCUAUCCAUGAAGUGGGAACGGGUGUAUCGGGUUGGAGCCGGCCUCCACAACCUGGGCAACACCUGCUUCCUCAACUCCACUGUGCAGUGUCUCACCUACACCCCGCCACUGGCCAACUACCUGCUCUCAAAGGAGCACAGCCGAUCCUGUCACCAAUCUGGAUUCUGCAUGAUUUGUGUAAUGCAGAACCAUAUCAUCCAAGCCUUUGCCAACACAGGCAAUGCCAUCAAACCUGUAUCGUUCAUCCGAGAUCUGAAAAAAAUUGCUCGCCAUUUUCGGUUUGGGAGUCAAGAGGAUGCCCAUGAGUUUCUGCGUUACACCAUUGACGCCAUGCAGAAAACUUGUUUGAACGGAUAUCCCAAACUGGACAGACAAACACAGGCCACCACCCUGGUCCACCAGAUUUUUGGGGGUUAUUUGAGGUCUAGAGUGAAGUGCUCUAUUUGUAAAAGUGUGUCGGAUACGUAUGACCCAUACCUGGACAUCGCUCUGGAGAUUCGGCAAGCAGUCAACAUCGUUCGUGCUCUGGAACUAUUUGUCAAGCCUGAUGUUUUGUGUGGCGAGAAUGCCUACAUGUGUGCCAAAUGUAAAAAGAAGGUUCCAGCGACUAAGAGGUUCACAGUUCACAGAACAUCAAAUGUGCUGACGCUGUCACUUAAACGGUUCGCCAACUUCAGUGGAGGAAAAAUUACCAAGGACGUUGGCUACCCAGAGUUCCUGAACAUUCGCCCGUACAUGUCCCAGAACACAGGCGAUCCAGUGAUGUAUGGCCUCUAUGCUGUCCUUGUGCAUUCAGGGUACAGCUGCCAUGCUGGACACUACUACUGCUACGUCAAGGCCAGUAAUGGACAGUGGUACCAGAUGAAUGACUCAAUGGUGCAUUCCAGUAACAUCAAGGUUGUCCUUAAUCAGCAGGCCUAUGUCCUCUUUUACCUGAGGAUCCCUGAAAAGAAAAAUACAGAUGCUUCAAAUACAAAGCAGAACAUAGUGCACUCUGGGAGAACUAAUAUGACACCGGAGCAGCUGAAGAAGAGCACACUCAAUGGACCUUUGUCUUCACCACAGGUUAUGAAGAAGCUUGAUCCAGCUCACCUGAGGAAAAUCCAGUCUGUGGAUGGGGGUCUUGGUAUUCCAGUAGCCAGAAACUGUUCAGGGGUCCAAUCGCCGAAGAUGUCUAAUGGUACGGGGAACUCCCAUGCCCCGCCCAAGCUGCCCAGUGGACCCACACUGAUCGAGGAGCCCUUUAAGAAAGUGAAGAAGCCCAUACCUCAGCCUCAGUCCCGCAGCAGCACUCCUGCUCCAUCCAACGGCCUCCCCAGACCAGACACCGACAAGAGGAGCAACAGCGAGGGCCGCGGCCUGCCAUCAUCUACCUCACUCAAAUCCCUGUCUGACAGCUCCUCAGCAGACACUUCCUCUGAGUCUAAAGAGUCUAUUGGCACGAGGAGCGCACCUGUUGGCAACAUGUCUAGUGUGAACAGUCCAGCAUCUCCAGCUAAGAGCACAGAGCGUGUGAACUCGGAGGAGCAGAAGAUGGUGAAACUGAAACCCCAGGCCCUCACCAAUGUCUCAUCAGAGCCCGUCAGCACCAUGUCCCCCCCGCCCGCCAAACGACUCGCCCUGUCUGCCAAGAAGGCCAGUCCCCGGCAGAGCCCGAGCAGCAGCACUGAGGCUCCGCCCCCUUCAUCUCAUCAUCUGUCCAGUGACCCCUCACACCUUCUCAGCCGGGACUCCACCCACCCGCACCACAGGUACUCCCUCGCUCUGAAAGUGAGAGCAGAUUCGGCUCUGGGUCGCGCUGUUGUAAAAGAGGUUAGUGGUGCAAACACAGAAUACCUAGGAGAGACCAAUAAGAAAAAGAAAAAGAGGAAACAAAAAGAUUUCAGAGAAGAGGAGGAGAGACCGAGGGAUAAAGAAAAACUUCAUGUGGAGCUUCAAGAGACCAAUGGAGUGGAGACUCCUAGUCAGAUAGGCAAUGCGGGCAAGCAGAAAUCUGCUGCCGUGAUCGUUUGGGACAGCCAGGUUCAAGACGGCUACAAGCGCGACCAGAACCAUCGAGAAGCAGAGGGCACGUCGAGAAAAGGCCCAUGCUCUGCUCCUAUGGGCUGGGAUGGCAAGAAAAGCUGUGAUGUAGUCGAGGAGCUCCUCAAGAACUCCUCAAAUAAAGCUUAUGGAACUGAGGUCCUCAGUUGGGAAGGAGAUCGGUCGGCCAUUAGCAGAGAUGCUGCAGAGGAUGCACGCUAUGCCCAAAACGAGACCGUCAUUGAUGAGUGGGACAGGGAGUUUGACAGUGGAAAAGUAAAGAAAAUGAAAAAAUACAAAAAGGAGAAGAGGAGGAAUGGAAAUGUCUUCCAGAAGAUCCAAGAGCAUCGUAACAUGUGGUCAGUCACACCGGGAGGCAGACGGAGCAGUCUGGGGUUUCGCCAUUGAAAGUCGUGUGCCCUGACCAGACCAGUUGCCUUAUUGGAUCAGCAGCAGUCGGAUCUGUCUGAGGUUCUUCUGAAGAACACAAGAGCGCAGCAGUACUGUGAAAUCAAGCCAUGAGGCUGAGGUCAUCUCCUGAGGCUUUAGUCACCGUCUGAAAUCCAAAACACACACCACUAACGGUGCCAAUAUGAUCUUUGGAUCAUAGGAAGGAAGACAAACCGGAGAGUUUGCACACUGUUAACCUUUAAUGAUCGGAAUUAUUCUUAUUGUAAUACGAACAAAUGUUUACCAGGGCCGGUUUUAUUUAGGCAGGACUACACAAGAUGGCGAGCAUUCAGGCUGUGAUGGCCGGUGAUGAAAACUAUUGUCUUUUAUUGAGAAGAAAACCCUCACACUUUCUAAAAACGGGAACAUGUAGCCCCUCCCUCCAAUGACUCAACAAAUAUCAUUGUUCCCUUUAUGGAAGUUUUGUUCGCUAAAUUAUUUUGCUUUUUCAUAUUUGGUCCAGAUAUUAUUAGGCAGUUAUUUGCCUGAAUGGAUCAUCUGUUGGAGGAAGUAGUGUUGCCCUGCUGUCUUGCAUUGCAAUACAUUUCUUGCUUGUGAUUGUAUACUUUCAUGUCUUGCCUGCUUGAAUACUAGCCCAUCCUCCUCCUCCAACUCCCCUUUGCAGUGUUUGAUUUUGCCAUAUUUUAAAGGGAAAUGAGCCUCUUGUGACAAUUUCCACAGUUUCUAUAAGAUUUCUCCUUGGAUUUCCCAAAACGCCACCAUUUCCAGUCAGACGACGUGGUCUUUUAUGCACAGGGCUGCAUACAACAAUGCAAUACAUUUCAUCCAUGUGAGCUAAAACAUGGGCCUUAACACAAACCACUGUGUUUCUGCCAGGACGGCUGAAUUAUUUAAUAAUUGGAGUAUCCCUUUGUCUUUGAUUUAGCGUGUCUCAUCCUGUAUCUCUUUCCUACUCUAUGCAACUACAGCAAUCCCUCGGAUGCCCUGCGAAGGGGUCAGUCCAGGGUAAAACUCAACAAAAGCUGGUCCAAAUGUCAUCUGUGUGAGCUGUAAACACCCUGUCCGUUAGCAGUGCUAUUAUACAUUGGGUCAGAAUGAUGUACAUACUUAUCCACUCAAGAGCCGUCAUAGGAGUAAACCAAUGUUGAAGCCUUCCUAUUUAGGACAUUGUACAGUCUACCUUGUGCUCUCUGUGCCCUCCUCCAGUCAUUCUUGUUGUUACAGACCAUCCUUUCAUGAAUCCUUGGGUUUUAGAAAAGUUGCCUUGGUUUAAUUUAAAAAAAUGAAUAGAACAUGUUGCAAAUUAUACUUAUUAAAACAUGUUAAAAUGCACAUUGCUAAAUGGAAGCCUAAUGUAUUUAAGGUUUGUGGAAUUGUAAAUGGGAAAUUUUAUUAACCAAUAGAUGCGUGUCUGGAAGACUGCUCUGAGGUCUUGUUCAGGACCCAGACACUAUGCGCUCUGUAGGAUGUGUCUGUAUUCUCUUAGAAAUUCAUUUGAGAUAGGUUGUUUUCAGAGACUGAAAGCUAAAGAACACACGAGUGUCUUUGUCAUAUUUGAAUUGAUAGUUCUGCACCUAAUGCCUUUUCUGAAAACAAGAAGUCAUUCAGUAUUGCAAAUACAUAAAUGUAGAUAUACUGGUGCAAUAAAGUUGUGAUUUUU